AUGGCAACGUUGGCGGUGGACAUCUUCGAGAUGAUCUUCGAACAAGCUCCAGACGCUAAACUGAUGUUCACGUUUAUGAUGAGGGAUAACAGCGAUGAUGAGAAGAAAUCUAGCGAAUUCGCCUUUCAUGCACUUCGAUUCAUGCAGGUGAUAGAGACCACAAUGGAACAUUUGGAAGACCCGCUAACAUUGGACCCAUUACUUGCGAACCUUGGACAGAUACACGCUCGUCAUGAGGAACACCUCGGUUUCAGGUUCUUUUCUUUCAACAUUGAUAUUCCUUCGAUUUUCAUCCCUUUUUCUUUCCUCUCCACUUGUUGCCGAACUGAACAACUAGAGUUUAAAAAGAUCUGA